AUGGGCAGAGCCAUGGUGGCCAGGCUGGGGCUGGGGCUGCUGCUUCUGGCACUGCUCCUACCCACGCAGAUUUAUUCAAAUCAAACAGCUGUUGUGACACUUUCAAGUAACUCCUCACAGAGAACCUCUGCUGCUCCCAAUUCAACUAAUGCUACACCCAGCACAGGUGGCAGUGCCCUGCAGUCAACAGCCAGUAUCCUUGUGAUCUCGCUCUCUCUUCUCCAUCUCUACUGUUAG